ACCCUAAUAUUCACAAUUCUAACCCUUUCUCUCCUACUACUAUUUGUUUUCCCCUAUCCGAAAUCGCCAAUUUCUAUCUCUCUCUGAACAAACAGAUAAAGCUUUUCUUCUCCGAAAAGCAAAUUCUUCACCCCCCCAAACUCCCCCGCAAAAGUCAAUUACACGCAUUUUCACCGUAUUUUGCUCUCUAGGAGAAGUAAUGACCUUGCUUGCUAGAUGAUUGCACGCGCAUGGUGGAGAUAAUGGCAUUGGCAACCCAUCAUUUGCAGGGUUCUUAUAGAACACGCCCUUUGAGCCCAUCUUCUUGGACUACUGGGAACAAAUUAAGGCCCUCUGUAACAAAAAUUCUCGUUGGCCAGAAAGAUAAUUUCAUCUCACUGAAGUGCAAAUCCUGUUUAAGAAUAGGGGCUCCUCUUGUCCUUAAACCAAAAGGAAAAUCCUUGAAGAUCUCCGCUUUCAAGAGCAACAAUCAAAAUGAGUCUGGAGGCAGAGUCAGUGGGUCAAAAUCCCUGAAGAGCUCAGUGAAACUUUCCUAUGUUCCCCAUGAGAGUGAAGAAACCUCUGUGGAAUCUCCAAGGGCACAGAAUGUUCCCAUUUCUUACUCUGCCGAAGCAGACCAGACUACAAAUUAUUCUGUCAUGCAAAACAUAUUUAAGAGCUGGCUAACAUUGUUGCGUACACCUUCAUCGAACCAAGUAACAAAUGAAACUGUGGAAGAGCCAUAUACCACAGAAACUCAAAAAAUGGUACAAGAGAAAGAAAUAGUUCAUGUCUUAAAGGCGGUCUGGUGCUACUUUCUGAGUCUGGAUGCAACAAUAAAGAUACCUGUAUUGACAUUUGUUCCCCUGUAUCUUGCUGUUACUUUAGUAUAUGGAGCCGAAGUAUCUAAAGAGUUGACUCCGCUCUGGAUUCUUGGACCAUUGAUUGUUGCUUUGUAUGUUAAGAUGCUCCGGGGCAUAUGUUCACUCUAUGUAUUCAGCUUCAAGCAGACGGUUAAUGUGGUCAAGAACUUGCCUACAUAUUUUCGGUUAGCUUAUGAUUACGUUUUCCGUGGGAAGCUCAAAGAAGCUAUUAGAAUGCAUUUAUUGAAACCGUUCACAGAUAUAAAGAACAUGGACUACAAAGAGGCAGUGAAGAGGAAGAUAAAGAAUAUAGAAGUUUACUUGGUAGAGAAGUACUUGGACUUUGUUGAAUCGAUAUGGCCAUAUUACUGUAGAACUAUCAGGUUUCUGAAGAGGGCAAAUCUAAUCUAGGUCUAAGAUUUAUAAGUCUGCAAAAUUCUGUCAACGGAAAAGCACAUUUAAAUGCGGAAUAUUUUUUAUAUUUAAUCUUCUUAUUUUUUUAAUAAUUUUUUGUAAGCAGUGCAUUAGGUAUUGUCUGUUGAGAACCUCAGUUUGGGCUGGGGUUCUCCUUGAGAGCAGAAAGACAUGUUUUAUGUAACUUAGUUGACAUGUGAAAGUGGGUUGCUGGCGUUUUGCUCUUUUAACUCAGCAAGCUCUGAGUUUUUAAGUUGUUGAGACAUUGAAGUGGUUA